AUGGGGAGGCGGAAGCGUCCGCGAAGCGCCAGCGCGCGAGGGAAGCAGAAGCAGAGAGUACGGCCUCAGGACCGAAGAGAAAGAGAGCCGGGGAAGCGGCGGUAAGGGGGAAGAAACGGCGACCGGGCACUGCUGUACAGAAGCGACAGAAGCGAGUAGGGCGGCCGAGGCAGCACUUGUGGCGAACUAUGUACCUGGCUCAUGUUGUUGCGCCCUGUUUCCCUCCCUGCUGUAUGCUAUACUCCUUUAGGUAUGUCCUUUGUAUUGCCUUCGGCCUCUGUGCUGUGUUUCUGUUUUUUUCAUGAAUGACCUCCCUGCCUACUCUGCUGUGUUGGGUACCUUGAUCUCGCUUUGCUGUUGCCUUUGUUUUUGUACGUCUGGCUGUCUGCCCAUCUUCCGCCUCUUUGUCCUGUUUGCUCCGUUACUCUCAUGCCCUGGUGCGUAGGGCCUGGUGCUGGUACGAUACCCUUUGAUUUUUCCUUUGGGCGGGUGUGGGAAGCGUCCUCCUUUAUUUUUGUUUUUGUUUUAUUUUGAUCGGUUUCCGAGGGCUCUUUUCUCGAACGGUCGGUGCGAUACCUGUUCCUUUCUUUCUAUCAUUUUGUUUUCUUU